CCCAGCACGAAGUGGGCAGGCGUGGGGGAGGGGUGGCGAGACGCUUUCAUAAGAGUGGGCAGCCAGGUGCUGUUCGGAUGCAGAGUUCCUGGUAGGCAGAGUGUGGGUGAGAGAGCGGGCUGGUGGGCAGACCUAGGGGGCUCUCUGUGGCUUCCAGCUUGUUGCUUCCCUCCAACUUCGUGCCAAUGGCGUCCGGUGGCCACGAGCGGGCCACUGAGGAUUACGGAGUCUCCGGCAUUACGGGAUGCAGCAGGACUCCUCAGCCCGAGACUCAAGACAGCUUGCAGACUCCCUCACAAAGCUCAGCGCUCUGCACAGCUCCUGUGGCUGCUGCAAACUGGGGCCCGUGUCUUCGGAGAAACGUGAUCAGCGAGAGAGAACGCAGGAGGCGGAUCUCCUUGAGCUGUGAGCGCUUGCGGGCUCUACUGCCUCAGUUUGAUGGCCGCCGGGAGGACAUGGCAUCUGUCCUGGAGAUGUCUGUGUACUUCCUCCAGCUUGCCCACAGCAUGGAUCCUAGCUGGGAGCAACUCUCUGUUCCUCAGCCUCCCCAGGAGAUGUGGCACAUGUGGCAGGGUGAUGUUCUGCAGGUAACCCUGGCGAAUCAAAUUGCAGACAGCAAGCCAGACUCCGGGAUAGUACAAGCACCUGCUGUGGCUCGGGUACAGGAACCCCUAUGCUGUGCGAUGCUGGAUACAGACCAGAACCAAGCCACUGAGCGAGUGUCAGAGCUACUGGAGAGACCUUCCUCCUGUCCUGAGUCUUCCAGCUUGGGUCCUGGGCUCCCACCCUGGCUCCCUCACUCUUGGCAGCCAGCCACUCCUGAGGCGAGCGACAUUGUUUCUGGUGGGUCACACCAGGUGGGAUCCCUGGCCAGGGACACUGAAUCUCCGGGCAUGCUGGCUGAGGAGGCCAACUUGGUCUUGGCAUCUGUGCCUGAUGCCAGGUACACCACAGGGGCAGGGUCCGAAGUGGUGGAUGGAGCAUCCUUUCUGCUGACCACCAAUCCUGACUGGUGGUUGGGGUCAGUGGAGGGCAGAGGAGGCCCAGCCCUUGCCAGGAGCAGCCCAGUGGAUUGGGCAGAAUCAAGCUUCCUCGGAGACCCUGAGCCUUGCUCCCAAGAGCUCCAGGCUGGCCCUGUAGAGCUGUGGGGCUUGGAUUUUGGCAGCCCUGGCCUGGCCCUGAAGGAUGAAGCUGACAGCAUCUUCCCUGACUUUUUCCCUUGAUAGCUUAGUCGCCCCCAUGGUUUAGUUUGCUGGGGGAGCUGUCCCUUGCCUGGGUGUUGUAUUUUGGGUUUGGUUUGCAGCUGCAGCCUAAUUUGAGGGAGGCUGGCAAGGCUGUGAGUGGAGUUUGUAUUAAAGAGGAAAAGUGGUUUUUCUGGCAGAAGCAAAA